GACAGGUUGCUGCAUGACUGCUCGAUCAAUCAAUCAGACAUUAAAUAACCGUCAUGUUGCCGAAAGCAAAUAACUGUCACCGUACCUUAUGCAGAGCAGCAAAGGAUUGUUGACAAUAUCAUGUCUUCAGCUGGCAAUAUCGACAAUGUUUCAUCCGAUCUGUCUCUUCAGGGCUUCGAUCUGUCACCUGAAAAGGCUUUUGUUGCGUUUGUCUUUGCUGCCCUAAAUUACAUAAUCAUAUUGUUCUGCAACUCCUUUCUCCUGUUCACUGUCAUAACCAAUAAGGGUCUUCAUGAACCAAUGUAUAUUCUCCUGUUAAAUUUGCCCAUUAAUGACCUAAUAGGUUCUACAUGCCUGUUCCCUCACAUCAUGCGGGAGCUCCUGUUUGACACCAAGACCAUUCCGUUCUCCAUCUGUAUCACUCAAGCGUUCUUCAUACAUGUAUAUGCUGUAGCAACGGUCUUCAUCUUGACUGCCAUGGCAUAUGACAGAUAUGUCGCCAUCUGCCAGCCAAUGAGAUACACUACCAUUAUGAGCAAACUGCACCUCACAAAGAUCAUCUCGCUGGUUUGGCUCUCUAAUUUGACACUGAUGGCCAUCCUUUUCAUCCUCCUCCUGCGUUUGCCUCGCUGUAGGUCUUACCUUACCCAUCCGUACUGUGACAACCCUUCCUUGCUUCAACUUGUCUGCGCAGACAUGACCAUUAAUAACAUUUACGGACUUCUGAUAACAGCUCUCUGUCAGGUCUUAACAGUAGGUCUGAUUUUGUACACAUACCUACGGAUCCUCAUAGCCUGUUUCCACAACAAAAGCUCUGACACGAGGAGUAAAGCUCUGCAGACGUGUGGCACACAUUUAAUUAUCUUUGUCUUGUUUGAGUGUUUGGGUCUUUUCACCAUUAUAUCAUACAGGAUAAAAGAUAUUUCUCCUCACUUAAGAAAAUUCAUUGCAGUUGGUGCUAUGAUAUUACCACCAACGAUGAAUCCUAUUAUAUAUGGAUUAAGAACUAAAGAAAUCAGAGUCAAAGGGAUUAAAUUUUUCCAGCGAAAAGUUUUCACAUCAUGAACAAAUAACACUGAGGUGUCAUUCUAAAUAUCGUUUCUACAAAAUUUGCUUUGCAAAGUUUAUCAGAUAUAUGCAUCAAUGUGUGACAUAUUAAUCUAUCUUUCUGUCAAAUCUUUCUCUCUCUAACACACACACACACAGACACACACAUUUAAUUUAUAAGCCAUUUCAGUAGUAACAGCAGUAUGCUUAUUUCUCUAUUCAUUUACAUAAGCCAGUCCAGAGUCUAUUAUAUCUAUUAUGGGUUGUUGUAUCUACACAUAAAAAUGAUUGUACUGUAUUAAUUUGAGGGAUUUUUCUGUAUGUACUUUUCUUUUUUAACCUGUAUUUUGAAUGUGUUGUGUUGUAGAGUUAAAGAAAAUGUCUUUAAAAUGAAUGCAUAAUGUCCCGGUAAUGAGCU